GCGGCCUGCGCGGCGCGGCGCGGCCCACAGGCGCGGGUGGCAUGGCGGCCCCGGCGGCCGGCCCCUAGCUGCGGGCGGAACGAAGCAGAGCGGUGGUCAGGCGGCCCCAUGGAGGAGACUUAGGGCCGCCCGGGACGGGAGAGCAGCCGGCAGCGAUGCUGUCACCUGGGCAGAUCCCCACUGGAAGCCCCCCGAGGACGUAGGUGACCCCCAGGGCGUGGAGCGGCAGGGAAGAGCCUUGAACCGUGAGGGGCUGUUAACUCUAAGAUGUCCUUGAGCGGCGGAGCUUCCGGAGGGAAAGGAAUCGAUGCGAACCCGGUUGAGACGUACGACAGCGGGGAUGAAUGGGACAUUGGUGUAGGGAACCUCAUCAUCGACCUGGACGCUGAUUUGGAGAAGGACCAGCAGAAACUGGAGAUGUCGGGCUCCAAGGAUGUGGGGCUGCCAGCACCCAACGCAGUGGCAACCCUGCCGGAUAACAUCAAGUUUGUGAGCCCGGUGCCGGGCCCACAGGGCAAGGAGGGCAAAUCCAAGUCGAAAAGGAGCAAGAGUGGCAAGGACAGUGGCAAGCCGACCCCGGCGACCUCCUUGUUUACUCCGAGUGAGGGAGGAGGUAGCAAGAAGGAGGCUCAAGGACGCUCUGGGGACAGUGCGAACUCAGGUGGCCUGGUGCCCGCCGUCACCCCGAAGGGCUCGGAGAAGUCGGCCAAGGCAUCCCGCAGUGUGGCCGGCUCCAAGAAGGAGAAGGAGGGAGGCUCGUCCAAAAGCAAGAAGGAAAGGAGUGAGGGCGCGGGGGCUGCGGCGGAGAAGGAGCCCAGCGUGCUGCAGCCCCUGGCGCUGGCAGUGAGGGUGGGACAGUAUGACGGGGGCCAGGGCCCCGAGCCUGCUGCUGCCGAGCAGCUUGGGAGUAUAGCGAUUGACACAGGAGCGGCACUCAACCCUCUGGGAGCCAAGGCAGAGCUGGAGGACGGCGACGGCGAGUGCCGGCAGCUGAAGAAGGUGAAGGCCGAGAAGAUGGAGUCCCCGGGCUCCACGCCCGCCGUGCUGCCCCUGCAUCUGCUGGUGCCCGUCGUCAGCAGCGACAUCUCCUCGCCCUGCGAGCAGAUCAUGGUGCGCACGCGCUCCGUGGGAGUCAACACCUGCGACGUGGCCCUGGCCACCGAGCCCGAGUGCCUGGGCCCCUGCGAGCCUGGCACCAGCGUCAACCUGGAGGGCAUCGUCUGGCAAGAGACGGAGGACGGUAUGCUGGUGGUCAAUGUCACCUGGAGGAACAAGACUUAUGUGGGCACCCUGCUGGACUGCACGCAGCACGACUGGGCACCUCCUCGGUUUUGCGACUCCCCGACCAGCGACCUGGAGAUGCGCAAUGGGCGGGGCCGGGGCAAACGCAUGCGGCCCAACAGCAACACCCCUGUCAGCGAGGGCACUGCCGCCUCCGACAGCAAGGGCACCAGCACCAGCAGCAAGACGCGGGCGGGAGCCAACAGCAAGGGGCGCCGGGGCAGCCAGAACUCCUCGGAGCACCGCACACCGCCGGGCGGCGCAGGCGAGGACGUGAAGGCCAGCCCCUCGUCCGUCACCAAGCGCAAGAGCAAGCCCCUCUCCGACAUGGAGCUCAACUCCAGCUCAGAGGACUCCAAGGGCAGCAAACGCAUCCGCACCAACUCGAUGGGCUCGGCAGCUGUGCCCCCUGUCGCCGCCAAGGUGGAGCCGGCCACGCUGGACCGCAACUGCCCCUCGCCCAUCCUCAUUGACUGCCCCCACCCCAACUGCAACAAGAAGUACAAGCACAUCAACGGCCUCAAGUACCACCAGGCCCACGCGCACACGGACGAGGACGGCAAGCUGGAGGCGGACGUGGACAGCGAGUACGGCGAGGAGCCCUCGCUGCACCCUGACGCUGGCAGCUGCAACGGGGCUGCUGCCGCUGCCUCCCAGAAGGGCUCCCUCUCGCCCGCCCGCUCCACCACCCCCAAGGUGCGCCUGAUGGAGCCCCACAGCCCCUCCCCGUCCGGCAAGUUCAGCACCAAGGUCCCCUGCAAAAAGAAGCUGGCCGGGGAAGGGGACACCGACCCAGGCGCCCUGUCCAACGAUGGCUCCGAGGAUGGUCCCUCCAUGGCUGACGAGACCAGCAACGACGGCUUCGACUCUCUGGAGAAGCGCUGUGUGGAGAAGGACAAGGCCAAGAAGGCAGCCAGCACCAAGCCGGAGAAGGUCCCUUCCAAGAGCUUGAAGUCUGCCAGGCCCAUCGCACCAGCCAUCCCCCCCCAGCCCAUCUACACCUUCCAGACAGCCACCCUCACUACAGCCAGCCCCGGCUCCUCCACUGGCCUCGCCACCACCGUGGUCCAGACCAUGCCCAACAGCCCUCAGCUCAAACCCAUCCAGCCAAAGCCGACGGUGAUGGGAGAGCCCUUUGCAGUCAACCCUGCCCUCACCCCUUCCAAGGAGAAGAAGAAGAAGGACAAGAAGAAGAAGGAGCCCAAGGAGUUAGAAAACCCUUUGACUCCCGGCAAGCCCUGCAGAGCAGAGGAAGGCAAGAGCCCAUUCCGGGGGGAGUCCGGCGAGCUGGGGCUGAAGGGCGAGGGGCUGCUGAACGGCUCCUCUGACCCCCACCAGAGCCGGCUUGCCAGCAUCAAGGCCGAGGCAGAUAAAAUCUACAGCUUCACCGACAACGCCCCCAGCCCCUCCAUCGGCGGCGCCAGCAGGCUGGAGAGCGCCAACCCGGCCCAGCCCAUGACCCCGCUGCACGUUGUCACCCAGAACGGGGCGGAGGCCGGCUCGGUGAAGACCAACAGCCCGGCCUACUCGGACAUCUCCGACGCGGGCGAGGACGGCGAGGGCAAGCUGGAGAGCUUGAAGGUGAAGGAUCCGGAGCAGCUGGUCAAGGAAGGCGCCAAAAAAGCUCUUUUUCCCCCACAGCCACAGAGCAAGGAGUCUCCCUACUACCAGGGCUUCGAAACCUACUAUUCCCCUGGCUACCCCCAGGCCAGCCCAGGGCCCCUGAACCCUGGGAGCCAGGCCACGACCGAGACGCAGGCCUUGAAGCUGAAGAAGGAUGAGGAGCAGGAGAACUCGGAGGUGAAGGUGAAGAGCGAGGGCUGUGAAGAGAAGAAGGCAGAGCUGGGGGGCUCCAGCCAGCAGCCCUCGGUCAUCCAGCAGCGCCCCAACAUGUACAUGCAGUCCCUCUACUACAACCAGUAUGCCUACGUGCCACCCUACGGCUACAGUGAGCAGGGCUACCAUGCCCACCUGCUCAGCACCAACCCUGCCUACCGCCAGCAGUACGAGGAGCAGCAGAAGCAGCGGCAGAACUUGGAGCAGCAGCAGCAGCGAGGGCUGGAGAAGAAGGCAGAGCUGGGCUUGAAGGAGAGGGAGGUGGCACUCAAAGAGGAGUGGAAGCAGAAGCCACCCAUGCCCCCGACACUCACCAAAGCCCCCAGCCUCACGGACCUUGUCAAGUCAGGGCUGAGCAAGGCCAAGGAACAGGGAGCUCCUGACAUGGCCAAGUCUGUCAUCAUCCCCAAGCUGGAGGACUCAUCUAAGCUGUCCAGCAGCCAGGUGGCCGAGGGGCUGAAGGUGAAGCUGAGCGAGGCCAGCCACCUUGGCAAGGAGGCUGCGGAGGCCAAGGCUGGCUCUGAGUGCGGCCGGCAAGCGGAGGUGGACCCUGUGCUCUGGUACAGACAGGAAGCUGAGCCCAGGAUGUGGACCUAUGUGUACCCAGCCAAGUACUCAGACAUCAAGACGGAGGAUGAGCGGUGGAAGGAGGAGAGGGACCGGAAGUUGAAGGAGGAAAGGAACCGAAGCAAAGAAGCUGCGUCCAAGGAGGAUGGGAAGGAGAGCAGCAGCUCCGAGUGCAAGCUGACCCCCACCGAGGAGGCUCGCAUGGUGGGGAAGGAGCCCAGGCCCAGUGUCCACGUCCCUGUGUCCUCACCCCUCACGCAGCACCAGUCCUACAUCCCCUACAUGCAUGGCUACUCCUACAGCCAGUCCUAUGACCCCAACCACCCCAGCUACCGCGCCAUGCCUACUGUCAUGAUGCAGAACUACCCAGGGUCAUACCUGCCCUCCAGCUACUCCUUCUCCCCGUACGGGAGCAAAGCGUCAGGGAGCGAGGAUGGCGACAAGUCCCGUGCCAGCCCCAGCGUCAGCUGCAAGUCCAGCUCGGAGUCCAAGGCCCUGGACAUCCUGCAGCAGCAUGCCAGCCACUACAAGAGCAAAUCGCCCACGAUCAGCGAGAAGGCGGCGCCGGAGAGGGAGCGUAGCGGCUGCGGGGUGGUGGGGGGCGGCGGCAGCUGCAGCAGCGUGGGGGCAGCCGGCGGGGGCGAGAGGAGCGCGGAGCGGCCCCGCACCUCCCCCUCCCAGCGCCUGCUCUCCACGCACCACCACCACCACCACCUCGGGUACUCGCUGCUGCCCGCGCAGUACAACCUCCCCUAUGCAACAGGUCUCUCCUCCACAGCCAUCGUUGCCAGCCAGCAAGGCUCUGCUCCCUCCCUGUACCCACCCCCCCGGAGGUGAGAAUGGACGUGAGGGCAGCGGCCGCCGAGGCUGGAGCAGACGUGUGACUGGCUCACAUGGGGACGCCGGAGACUCCCACAGACAUCAGCUGAAUGGUGUUCAUUGUUGGCUUGAGCUCCUGCCGGGGGCUCGGGCAGGCUCUGUUCCCCCUGCACCCGCCCACCCACCCCCUCGGACACACACGGACCCACCCCUCUGCCCCCUGACCGCGGGCACGUGGACGAGCUGGUGCCCGUGGGGGUAUUUAUUGUACUGGGCACCGGCACUGGGGACGGAGGCGACUCGCCCGCCUGGUGCAUGUGAAGAGGAAACAGAAGCACUGAGCUUUCUCCGUGGAGCUGGGACCCGGCUGUGCCGCUGCCGCUUCACCCUGGGACUGGCGGCAGGCAGGGCUCUACCUCCUGCCCGCUCCUCGGCGGGGCUGGCAGCGAAGGGCCGAGCCUAGCGGGGGGUCUCGGUCUCAGGAAGGGAGGGGCUGGCUCAGCUGGAGCCCGGGCGGGUGCGGGGGUCUGCUGCCAGCCGGGGGGUGAGUGUUGGCCCGGCCGGAGAGUGCAGGGCCGUGCUGCACGUGGGGUACCCGCUCUGCCAGCCCCACGGGCGCUCCUGCACCCCGCGGCACCCACACUGCCCUGCUGAGCCUGUGCGGGCAGCGGCUGCCGCGGCGGGGCUCUGGGGAGCCGGGGGCGGCGCUCGGCCGCGGCCGCUCCCUCCCCGGGCAGCUGGGCUCGGCGGGGCUGGGGGUUGCAGCCGUCGCCCGGCCGGCUGCCAGAGUUCCUCCUCCCCAGUGCCUUGCACGGCGCAGACCUGCCUGAAGCUCACGCCCGUGGCUGCAGUCAGCUCCUGAGCCGCGACUCUGCGAGCCCCCAGCCCUUCCUUUGUGCCCGCCCCGGCAGGUGUGCCCCGAGCUGCUCGGUGUGGUGCGGGUCGGAGGGCUGCGGCUCCCCUUCACAGCCACCUCCUGCUCUUAGGGGACCUCCCCAGGCCGUGGGCAGAGCCCAACGAGGAACAAAGCACACUUAGGCUCUGCCAGAGGCACUUGGUGCUAUGCUGGGCCCCGCUCCGGCCUCCUGCCAGGGCUCGGGGCGCCAGUCCCCGGAGGAAGCUGGUCCCUGCCCCCAGCUCUCCUCAGCGCCCCAGGACAGGGACUCCUGGUGGCCUGCUCCCCAGAGCGGCCCCCCCCGUCCCCGGGCCGAUUCUACCUCGGCCCCGCCGCAGCCGCCCCGGGCCGCGGGGCUCGGUGGUGUCUGCGGGCGCCCCGGGCGCGUCCUGGGCUGCUGUGUACAUACUGUAAAAAGCCUUUGUUUGAACGCUGUUGUUUCGGGGUUUGUUUUCUUUCCCGCUCCCCCCAGCCCCAGCUCACCCAGGGGGAAGGUGGCGCUGGCCGGGGCUGGCAGCAGGGUGUGCCCAGCCUCCUCUCCUGGACUCGUUUUGCUCUUGGCUUGCCCUGCCAGGAGACGGGGCAGUGCGGCCCGGGCUGUGCCCCGCGGCGAUGCCAAGCGGCGAUGCCAAGCGGCAGCUAGACACCCCCGCUCCGUGCCUGUUGUGCGGCCACAUGCAGCCGCCAGGCUGGGCACCGGGAGGCUCGAGGGGAUGGGGGCAGCCGUCAGAGGAGCACCCUGCCAGCCUGUCCUGCCUCCAGCCCUGCGUGCUUCAGCAGAGCCUGGCAGCCAGCGCGGCCAGGGCACGCCAGCGGCUCCGAGGGGCGGUGGGGUCCGCAGGCUCUGCUGGCGGCUGGCGCAGGAGGGGUGGGGUCGGUGUCCUGUAGCAGUUCAGUGCCGCCCUGGUUUGUGCAGAAUAGCUUCGAGGUUUGAUGUUCUUCUGGGUUCUCCUGGUCAGGCCUUGCCCGUGGGGCUGGCACCCUGACCCUCCCCCCUCUCCCCACCCCAGCCCGCCCAGCCGCGGGGUUCGCCUGCCUGUGGGGGUGCCCUCCCCCAGCUGUGCCGCCCGCUGUGCCCACAGGCGGCCGGGGCGCCCCCUGUCGGCCUUCUCCAGCUCUGCUUCCCUGGGCGUUGCGGCGCUGGCUUUGGGUGGACCCCCCCGCGGCCCCUCUGUAAAGUGUACAUUGAGCCCCCCGGGUUUUCUAUAAAUAUAAAUAUAAAUAUAUACAUAGCAGUGUGCUCCUGGCCUGGCACCGGGCAGGGACAAUAAAUCUUUUUAAGAGACAAUCACAAA